CAAACUGCGUAGUUUACCUUGCAAGGUGAGACCCUGUUAUGUAAUAUCUAGGCUCAGAAUGGCAUACUGGUCAAUGACCUUCAUGUGAUUGACAUUGUUGACUGGCUGGGAAUGUGCUGAAACCUGUCCAGCACCUCAUCUGUCAGCUGGGUCUGCUGAAUUGGAAGCAUAGAGUGUCUUCUACAUUUGUGCCAGACUGAUUGUCUAGAUUGCUUAAGGGCACAUGGCAUUCUAGAUAAGGUCACUGUCUGCUGUCAGACAUUACUGUGACUGAGGCAUUAUUGAUCAGCGUACCCAAAACUGUAGCAGGAUGAAAUAUUGUUUUGUUUUGGUGAAACAUGUGGAGGCCUUGAUCAGACACUGGAGCUAGACCCAAGGAAUCAUGGAUAUAAAGGGCUUAAAGGGAAAAAGAAAAAAGAAGAAGAAUUUGUGCCCUAAUCCGCUGUUUGUCCAGUGGCUGACAGAGUGGAGAGAUGAAGCUGCUGAGAAGGGAAUGAAGAGCCAGUAUUGUUACAGAAAAGCACUAGCAAGUCUGAAGAAAUACCCUCUGGUGUUUACAUCUGGUAAAGAAUGCAAGGUUUUGGAGAAUUUUGGUGACAAGAUUUGUAAGAUGCUUGAUGCAAGACUGGCCAAGCACAUUUCUGAGCAUGGAGAUGUAGAUGACAUCGCCCCACCCCCACACAAACCUGCCAAGUGUGUCCCUACGCGAGAUGUUACCGGAUCACCUUGCCCUGCCUCUGUCAUUCAAGCUGCACCCACGUCUUUAAAUAUUCACAGCCUCAGUGACAGUGAUGAGGACCCCAGCCCUUUGCAGCCAAGGUCACAGAGACAGUCGAGUGGAGAGUAUAUCCCUGCCUAUAGGUCUGGGCCUUAUGCCAUUCUGCUUACCCUCUACAGCAGCUAUCAGAGAGGUAAUGGGAGGGGUUAUAUGACCAGGGCUGACUUAACCAGAGAAGCUCAGCAUCUAGCAGACAAAUCCUUCACAGUGCCUGACCCUGGGUGCAGAUACACAGCCUGGUCCUCCAUGGGCACACUGAUACGUAAGGGCCUGGUGAUCAAAGAGAGCAGUCCUGCCAGAUACACAGCCUGGUCCUCCAUGGGGACACUGAUACGUAAGGGCCUGGUGAUCAAAGAGAGCAGUCCUGCCAGAUACACAGCCUGGUCCUCCUUGGGCACACUGAUACGUAAGGGCCUGGUGAUCAAAGAGAGCAGUCCUGCCAGAUACACAGCCUGGUCCUCCAUGGGCACACUGAUACGUAAGGGCCUGGUGAUCAAAGAGAGCAGUCCUGUCAGAUACACAGCCUGGUCCUCCUUGGGCACACUGAUACUGAUCUGUCCUGGGUGCAGAUACACAGCCUGGUCCUCCAUGGGCACACUGAUACGUAAGGGCCUGGUGAUCAAAGAGAGUAGUCCUGCCAGGUAUUUCUUGACUCAGAAUGGUUGUGACCUAGCCCACAAGCUGAGUGAGGUCAAUGACGCAGGUACUGCCUUCAAGGCACCUCUGUCUCCAGCUGUUGUGCCAUCUGACCUAGCCCACAGUCUGCGUGAGGUCAGUGAGGCAGCUGUUGUGCCAUCUGGCCUUUCCCUGUCCCCAUCAUUCACAGGCCCUGUAACAUCUGGACAUGAGACUUUUACUGCAGAGUCAGAUUUGCCCAGAUUACCCAGUUUGUCAGGGGAGACAAGUAGUGCUCUGCAAAACUGGGCUGCUGACAGGUUUCAGUACUGGUAUGUCACAGAAUCUGGGUCAAAGACUGUGGAUAAGAACAAAGCCGCCGUGACUGUUAAUGACUCAAUUGGAAUUGGCUUCUUGAUCACCUGCAACUAUCAAGACCUUAUUAAAUCUGGCAAAAAGUAUAAAUUGGACAUAUCGAGGCCACUCAACGAUGACAACAUCUUUGCUUACCUGGAAGACUCGGCUGCCAAGGAUUUUGCCAAUACUCCUCCAGAGAUUGCUCAUAGUAGAACUCCUGAGCCCAGUACAGUUGUACCGGAGCCCAGUACAGUUGUACCUGAGAAAAGGAAAGUCUGUCAGAAGGACAUUUCCAAGACUGAUAACAAGUUCUCCAAAAACACAGAAAACACAUACCUAACAACGGCCAAGUUAGCCUUAGUAGGACCUGUGGCAGAGGCUAGGGGAUCAUCUUUAUCAGAGAGAUUAGGUCUGGGGGUCAAGCCUUCCCCACACACAGGAACAGCAUCAGUAGCCUUCCCCUGCCCAAUGGAGGGGAGUGCCCUGACUCAUUCCUCACCAACCUUUAGCUUAGAGCCGGGUACUUUUGAUAUCUUGUUGUGUGUGGACAAUCAAGAGUUUUAUGGCAAAACCACAAGUGGUGGGAAGACGUUGUUGGCAGAUUUGCUGAAGAAUGGCGUUAACUGUGAAGUGAGGAAGCUACAUGUUGGAGACUUUGCCUGGGUGGCACGGGAAAGAGCACCCCGCAGAUCAGGACAGUUAAAGCAGCCUGAGGCCAGGGAACUUGUCCUGGACCACAUCAUUGAGAGGAAGAGAAUGGACGAUCUCGUCAGCAGCUGUAUUGAUGGUCGAUUCAAGGAGCAAAAGUUUCGCCUGAAGCGCUGUGGUUUGCGAUGUCCCAUGUACCUGAUAGAAGACUAUGGUUCAGUACAGAACUUCAGCAUGCCAGAGGACAGGCUCAGGCAGACAAUAGCCAACACACAGAUUGUUGAUGGGUUCCAGGUGAAGAGGACGGGAGACAACAAAGAGUCUGUGGCUUUCCUCACCCUAAUGACGCGCUACCUUCAGUCACAUUAUCAGGACAAGACCCUGGAUGCUUUUCCUGCUGACAUUCUACCUGACAUAUCAGGACCUUACAACAUCAAAGACCCGCACCAACGUCUGAUGGAGUUCAAGGAGUUCAAUGAAGCCAGUGUCAAGACAAAGAAUCUGUCCAUACGAGAGAUGUUUGGUAAACAAAUUAUACAGAUGUAUCGUUUGUCAGCAGAGGGUGCAAAGGGCAUCCUAGACCUGUACCCCACACCCUCCAGUUUGAUAGCAGCAUAUAAUGCUUGUUGCACAGAAAAGGAAAAGGAAGAAUUGUUGAGUAAAAUCAAAACUGGGAAAGCUGGGAGGGGCCUGGGCAUGGCAGUCAGUAGACAGUUUUAUAACCUCUACUGUACCAACCGACCUUUGACAUGAGGGGGGACAUCUGUUAUGGUUUUUACCAAAGAUACCACAACCAAGAUACAAGUUGAUACAGGAUAAUACAGGAUGUAUUUUAUGUCUCAGUGCGUGAAUGAUGUGAGCUGUUGUACAAGGCACAAGAUGACUGUGAUGAGAGAAGCAGUGAACAAAUUUUGGACAGUGGUCUAUUCCACCCUCGGCAGUGUUGACAGUAGUGUGCAGAAUGCAGUGGCAUGGUUCGAGUGGUCGGGCAACCUAUAGACACUUGUGAUGAACUCGCUUGUCAGUGAUUUAUCAAGCUGAAUUCAGCUAGCUUCUCUGGAGGAACAGGAGAAUUGUUGCAAACAUACCAUACCUUCUUCCAGUGCCACCUUCUUGCCUUUAUUUGAUUUAAGUAAAUGAUAUUAAGUGACGUUUGCCUCUGGUGUACUCCUCCUCGGAAGCUGUUCUAUGAAGUGUCAUUGAAAAUAACUAAUGGGCAAAGAUCAAUUGAUAUAAUCAUAUGGAUGUUAAUACAGUGGACAAACGUCCUAAAAAAAUAUUUCCUGCCCAAGAACCCAUUCUGAGAGAAAUGUUAUUGUUCUGGAUCUGAUUGCACAAAGCCAUUACCAGUACUGAGUCUGAUUGCACAACGCCAUUACUGGUACUGACUCUGAUUCCACAAAGCCAUUACCAGUACUGAGUCUGAUUCCACAACGCCAUUACCGGUACUGACUCUGAUUGCACAAAGCCAUUACCGAUACUGACUCUGAUUCCACAACGCCAUUACCGGUACUGACUCUGAUUCCACAACGCCAUUACUGGUACUGACUCUGAUUCCACAAAGCCUUUGUAAAUCUUGACUUUAUUCAGAAAUUGCUUUGUGGAAUCAGCUUCUGAUCCCUUGGAGUCGUAGAGCCCUCAACAGAAUCUAUUUUGGACUUUUGGGUUAUUUUUCUUCCCACAAAAAAGCCUCAAUAUGAUGGAUGGAGUGUUAUGGUCAUCAUGGACCUCAAGUGUUUCAGAAGUUGCCAACUGCAAUGUUAACAUUGUUUUGUUCUACAAGUUGGUGGUGUGAAUCCUGGUAAAUUCAUUUAACAUAGGUGCUAUUGUUUAUUGGGACACUUGCUAACUUAGUUAUGACUGAAGCAAAUGAAUUGAAUUAUGUUACUGCAUGUAUGAUGUAUGAUCUAUGCACGUUGAGUGUUGUUAACUGUGAUGCCAUCUGUGCAUUCUCACAACAAAGUAAUUCAUACCAUCAACAUAUAGCCGUCCUUCUUCAUUCUAUACGAUAAGAAUGAAUUUUCUGCAAAAUUUAACUACAUGUUCUUCACAUUUCUUUUUGACAUGUUGCAUGUACACCAUAAAAAAUCCAAGAAUUGGGGAAAAACAGGAAAAAAAUGUGUAAAUUUUUAUGUGUGCCCAUCCUUAGUAAAAAAUAAUUUCACAAAUCAUAUCUGUUCUUGUCUUGUGGAUGAUGUAAGCUCUUUACUAAUAAUCUAGACUGACUUCAGUGAUUUACCGGUACCUCAACUGAAAUUCUGUUGGUUCUGAAAACUACAAAGGUUGGGCAGAACUAAAGAUGUUAUUAUUUACUCAUGAAGGUCUGAUGUUAGCUAUGUGAGAAUAUUAGCUGCAUGAUCUUAGCAUGUUAUGGUACCAAUAUGAUGUAUUCAGUGUAACACCCUAUAUACAAAAAAUUCUGUUUGACCAUAUGAAGUUUGGUUAAACGAAUGGUAAAACAGAAUGUGAAACGAAACAUGUAGCCUCGGACAUGCAGUCUGCAAGGUUCUGUGACUGUCUCCAAUUCCACAAAUGUCUGUUGACUCCACGGCUGUCUCUUAUUCCACAGUUAUCUCUGACUCCACAACUAUUCCUUAACUCUAUAUCUGUCUCUUGACUCCACAACUGUCUCAUUCCACCAGUGCCUCUGACUUCACAUC